AUGGCUCUGCACUACCCUAUGACCAUGGGCCUCAACAAGGGCCACAGGGUGACCAAGAACAUGAGCAAUCCCAGGCACAGCUGCCGCUGCAGGCGCCUAACCAAACACACCAAGUUUGUGCGGGACAUGAUCCAAGAGGUGUGUGGCUUCGCCCCUUAUGAGCAUCACGCCAUGGAGUUACUGAAGACCUCCAAGUUUAUCAAGAAAAGGGUGGGGGCCAGACACGAAAAGAAAAGGGUGGUGACGCAUAUCCGCGCCAAGAGGAAGCGGGAGGAGCUGCGAAACGUCCUGGCUGCCAUGAGGAAAGUCACUGCCAAGAAAGACUGA